AUGGCAUCCGGGGGACUCCUUGUGGCUGGCGCCUCCUUCGCGGCGUUUCAGGGACUGCACUGGGGGCUGCAGCUGAUGCCCACCCCGGAAUCCGUUCGGGACCGCUGGAUGUGGCGGAACAUUUUCGUUUCGCUGAUGCACAGCCUACUCUCUGGAACAGGGGCACUGGUCGGGCUGUGGCUGUUUCCUCAGAUGGUCACCGACCCGAUUUAUGAUCACCCAUCGUGGGCACGGGUCCUAGUAGCAGUGUCAGUGGGUUAUUUCGUGGCAGACGGAGUUGACAUGCUGUGGAAUCAGACGUUGGCCCAGGCCUGGGACCUUCUCUGCCACCACCUAGUGGUAGUGAGCUGCCUCAGCACCGCCGUUGUGUCUGGCCACUUUGUGGGCUUCUCUAUGGUAUCUCUACUUCUGGAGCUGAACUCCAUCUGUCUGCAUCUACGGAAGCUGCUGCUGCUCUCCCAUAAGGCCUCAUCCUUGGCCUUCAGAGUAAGCAGUUGGGCCACCCUGACCACCCUGGUCCUCUUCCGCCUUCUACCUCUGGGAUGGAUGAGUCUGUGGUUGUUUCAGCAGCACUACCAGCCUCGGCCCUACCCAUUUAUCCUUGUGCACAAGGAGACUCAGCAAACCAAGACAUGUGAGCCUGUCACCAGGAACAAUUCCACUCUCAGUCUGAAAGGCAUGGAGGUUUUCUCUUCUGUCAACCCUCAGGGAGGUGGGGCUGGGAAGAGGAGGUGGUAACCCACUGCAUAGUUUACUGUGUAGCAAGGGCUAAACUGUAUCAUCAGUGUCUCAGGACCUUUUUCAGGUAACUCACUUCUCUCCCCUUUCCAAGAUCCAAGAAGAAAUUUGGCGGUUAGUAGCUAUGUGCAAACCUAGGCUACUGCUCACUGAAUUCCUUUGCUCCUGCGUAAGGACAAACACCGGGAGAAGAGGUCCUUCUAGAAUCAGAGAGGCCUGGCAUGGAGGGGGCCAGAGCCAGAAGCAGAGAAACUUCAUUUAUUCUGGAAAUGAGAUAAGAACACCAGAAACAUUAUCUGUUGCUGGGAGGGAGGGACAUGGCAGUACCAGUGACAGACAGAAGCCAGGCCACAGCAGUUGCUACUGAUACUUCCGAUCCCCUGGUCAGACUGCAAGUCCCCAGAUUAUACUCAACCCUACUCUACUGUGUACAGCCUUUAGCUUCUGACCUUUUAAAAGAAAUGUAAAUUCUUUUUUUUUUUCUUUUCUUUUUUUCAGAGCUGGGGACCGAACCCAGGGCCUUGCGCUUGCUAGGCAAGUGCUCUACCACUGAGCUAAAUCCCCACCCCCAGAAAUGUAAAUUCUUAGAUGGAUGUGGUAUGUCUCCUAAGGCAGCACAGAAGCCCUGAACCAUAGAAAAGACUAAUAUAUCCUGUGUGAUCACCCAGUGCAAAGCUUUUCAUGGCUUUGGUGUUUCGAACAUUGAAGUAGAGGCAGAGCAGGGCAGAGGAGCCUCCCAUGUCCUCCUGGAGGAUCAGGGUAGCUGGCUGGCCCUCUUCUGGAGUCCUGAAGCCUCUCUCCUCCCUGUCUCUGCAGCCAAGUCUCCCAUUGCUUAUCUCCUCCCUUUCUAGUCAGGAUGCCUAGAAUACAGAACUGAAGAGCAGAUUAAGGUCACUGUUGUACUGAAUGGCAGGGCAGAAAGUGAUAGCUCUUCAUCAUCGAUAGAAAAGGUACAGGAGGGCCGGAGGGAUGGCUCAGCGGUUAAGAGCACUGACUGCUCUUCCAAAGGUCCUGAGUUCAAUUCCCAGUAACCACAUGGUGGCUCACAACCAUCUGUAAUGAGAUCUGAUGCCCUUUUCUGGUGUAUCUGAAGACAGCUACAGUGUACUCAUAAACAUAAAAUAAAUAAAUCUCUAAAAAAAUAAAAGAAA